AUGCCGCAGGUUUUCCGUCGUCUCACAGCGCCUGCCACCCCUCCAUCAGACCAGAUGGCGCGAAUUGCGGUGGCCAACAUGGGUGCCAACAAAGCCCAGGUGUCGUUCGGAGGUCCCUUGGCAGAGUCCACUGAUGCGUCCCAAUACUUGGAUGCCUUGCUGGAGGCUCACCGCGAGGAGGUGAGAACAGAUGAUGACAUCUAUGCGUAUAUCAAACAGUCACCACGAGUCUCGGAGGAGAAGGCACGCGAGAUUUUCGACCGCCUGUAUAAGAACGGCAAAGAUGCCAGAAUCAGGCGACGAGUCUAUGCAGAAUUGGGCCUCUUGGUGGAGCAAGCAAAGGAAGCUCAGAUGUGUACCUUUGAGCCACGGCUACCGUUGGCAAGGUAUCCUGACGGCUUUCAACCUCAAGAGUCCAUCAACGAGCGCCUUUACAGGGACAGCUUCGACAGGCGCCGCCGACGAGAAGAAGCAAAGCAGAGCAUGCCGGUCCCAACCUUUCGACCGAACAUGUCCAUCAAUAGCACGACUAGCCGCAGGAGCGAAGGCGGAGUAUCUCCACGUGACACCUUGGACUCCGAAGGUGGAUUUGCUGGUGGUCUGAUCAGCGAUGGAUCCAUGAACCGCAAACAGAGCCCUUUGCAUGAACGUCUAUACCGUGAACAUGCAGACCGUAAGGCUCGGCAAGCGCACAGGGAGGAUGCCAUGGCAGACUGGAGGAAGCACACCUUCAAGCCCGACAUUCGAAACAGUCAAGCUACUGGUCCUCAGAUUGAAAGGACCGGCAACUUCUUCGAACAGCUCGAACGAAGUCGUGCAGAAGACACUGAUGGCUACAUGAUGCCUGGUGGCCGGCCCUUGGUGCCACUCCGAACUAUGACCCAUCCAGCAUUCGAGCAAGAGCUUUCGGAUGAAGAAGAUGCAAAGCAGGAUCCAGCAGAAAUGGCUGAUGCUGCGGCUGAUGAAGGGGCAGCGCCUGACAGCCCUGCGGCGCCAGAGAUGUCCAGUAUUGAGGCACAGAUUCGCUGUGGCGAGGGGCGGCCCAGACAACCAGACAACACACCGAAAUGGGAUGCAAGAUGCAAAUGA